AUGGCUGGUGUAAUUAUGAAAUACACAAAUAGUCAUGUUGCUGAAGAUGCUCAAAAUCCAGAGUCAAAUAAUUUAAUUGAAUAUAUGGAAGCACUAGAAUUAGGAAAUUAUAGUGUUGAAGAAUUAAUAAAAUUAUUUCCUGAUAAUCAUCCUUUAAAAAUAUUUGCUAGUAGCAUUAUAGAUUCUAAUGAUUUAGAAUCUUCCUCUUUAAUACUUUCAAAAGAUGAAAAUUUUUCAAAAUGUAUUCAAAAAUUAAAGAAAAAAGGAUAUAAAAUUGCUUUGAUAACAAAUAACUUUUAUAUUGAUAAAGAUAAAAAGAAAACAGUUAUUAUUAAAGAUAUUUCUGAUUUUGAUGUUGUUGUAGAAUCAUGUAAAGUUGGUAUGAGAAAACCAAAUCCAGAAAUUUAUGUAUACACAUUAGCAUUACUUAACGUUAAACCCGAUGAAACAGUAUUUGUUGAUGAUUUAAAAAUUAAUUGUCAAGGAGCUAAAAACAUAGGAAUUAAAACAAUACAUGUACAAAAUGGUGAUACAAAAUCAGCAGUUAAUGAGAUAAAAAAAUUAUCUAAAAAUAAAAUUUUAAAUCCAUUUAGUUUCACUUUUUAUUAA